AUGUCGCAGGCAUUGAUCAAUCCUAGAACACGGCGGGAUUAUGGCGCUACAUCAAGUGUUAUUCCCGAGGCGAAUUCGGCGACCAUUUCGAGUUCUAACGCUGAAUUUGACUCACUCAGCGAAGAAAUCUGUUACAAUAUAAACGUUAUGCACAGCAGCACAAAGCAACUAGAAAAACAAUUGAAAUUAGUUAGCACCGCCAAAAAUUUAUUAGCGUUUGACAAAAAUAUACUCAGCAUUAACACCAUUGACACCAAUGAACGCAUCCAGAUCACCAGUCAAAAUCUGCAACGUCUGCAGACGGUGGUGCAACAAGGCGAUCGCCAGCAACAACGUCAAAUGGACAACAUUAAGCUUGACUUUCGGACAGCUCUCGACAAAUAUUCAAAGCAACAGAAACUUAUCUCGCAGGCUAUGCGACAGAGCUAUCAAAAGGCUGCCGAGGCGGAACAUGAUGCAGAGUUGUCUGAGAAAACACAUCUGUUGCAGGAACAGCGUCAGGAGCAGGCUGAACUCGAGAGGCAGCAUGAUUUGCUCGUGGAGCGUGGACGGCGAGUGGAGCAACUUGAGGCGGAUAUUCUGGAUGUGAAUUAUAUAAUGAAAAAGUUAAGCGGUAUGGUGGAGGAGCAGCGCGAGGAGGUGGAUGCUAUUGCAAUCAAUGUAGAGGAAACAGCUGAGAAUACGGAGAAGGGAGUCAGUGCUCUACAAAAUACGGUUGUUAGCCAAAGUAAACGUCGUCGUACAGUACUGAUAAUAUUAUUGAUUGUUGUGUUAAUAGCUUUAAUUGUAAUAGGCAUCAUAGUCAGCAAAUUAAAGUAAAUGUUUCUAAACU